AUGGUGCAUAGAGGUUUGUUGUUCCUCGUGGCUGGUCUUGCGCUGGCUGCUGGAGAGAAGGUGCGCUAUGACGACCACCGUGUGUACCGGGUACUGCCAGCCAAUGUGGAUCAGCUGCAGUUCCUCAAUGGGCUCACCAAGUACCACAAAGAUAUUUACUUCUGGAAGGAACCUAGUGUCGUGAAUAAACCAGCCGAUGUUAUGGUAUCGCCUAAAAUGCAAGCCAGCUUCAUGGAGGGCCUAGAAGCAAAUGGCAUUGAGUCGUCCGUCUACAUCGAUGAUGUGCAGAGACUCAUCGACAACGAGAGACCAGUUCGAGAGCCCAAAGCAAGCUUCGCAUUCGAUGAUUACCAUAGCCUGGAGGAGAUUUACGCCUGGCUGGACACUCUGGUGGAAACAUACCCAGGUACAGUGACGACAGUCGUGGGUGGAAGCACAUACGAAGGUCGCGAAAUUAAAGGUGUGAAGAUCUCUUUUGGGGACGGUAACCCAGUAGCAGUCAUUGAGGGAGGCAUGCAUGCUUUGGAGUGGGCCACCGUAGCCUGUAUGUCGUGGUUCAUCAAUGAGAUCCUCACCACCGACAACUCGACAGUCAGGGACGUCAUCGAACAGCUCGACUUCUAUAUCUUCCCCACCACAAACCCCGACGGGUAUCACUACACUUGGACUACAGACCGUCUUUGGCGCAAGAAUCGGCAGCCGAACCCGAACUCGACCUGCGUGGGGACCGAUGUUAACCGCAACUGGGGCUUCCACUGGGGAGAGUACGACGCCAGUGAAGACCCAUGCGCCUACAAUCACCGUGGCCCAGCCAAUUUCACCCAACAGGAAGUGAUUACGUUCGCGGAUUUUCUGCUGAAUUUCGGCGACGACCUGCUCUUCUAUUCCAAUUUCCACGCUUACUCUCAAGUGCUCAUAUUCCCAUAUGGGGUUCCGAACGUUACUGCGGACAAUUACGACGAGCUGGUGGGUCCAACGACGGGCAACAGCAUCGACUGGAUGCAAGGCGUGGUCGGCAAGAGGUACAAUAUGGUGUGGGAGCUGAGGGACAAGGGCCAGUACGGCUACUUGCUGCCAACGGACCAGCUGAUCCCCACGAGCGAAGAGGUCUGGGACAGCGUCGUCACCGUGCUGGCCGGCGUGCUCGCCUCCUCCACAGCCGGCCCCUAG